AUGUCGCCACAGCGGUUACAAGGAGGCGGCCAACACGGUCCUGCAAUGCUAUCGUUUAUCGUGGCCGCGUACACAGCUCUCGAUCGAGCACCGCGAGCCUGCCGUUUCGCGACGGCUCCGGAUGCUCGACGUGGCCGUGGCCGCCAUCGGCAGCGCGAGGAUGCGCGCACCGAGGCUCUCGGACGGCCCCCUCCUUCUGGCCCUGUCCCCGGCACGUCGCUGCCUGCAUCUCACCAUGGAGCGCACACCAGCACCCUUCGAGCAGCACCGCCAUCCAUGCGUCAUCCGAAGAGCCAACGACAUGCUCCAGCUCCCCUUGCAGCAAUCGGCCUAGCGCAGACAUCUGCCGCAAGUGCUCAGUCGUGCUGCUGUGAUAGGUGCGCCACCGUCCAAUCCUCCAGGGCGUGCGAACAGCGCCCCAUCGCUUGA